AACAUACAGUCAACUCAAUAAAGUGCUAUAUUAUCUGUUGCGAAGAAUAUUCGUAACCGUGGAACAUCUACUAAUACGGAUAUGUGUAUGAGAAGUUGUUUUUCGUCAAGAAACCCGCACUAACACCAGUACUAUUACCACCUCCGAAUUGACGAAAAAAUAUGGCGACGUGGGAGAGUGAGAAAUUUACUCAAGAUCAAGAACACGACGAUACCGAUGGUAUCACUGACAAUUUCAACAGUAUAUUAGUGACGCCUGAUUUGCAAGAUUGUUUGGAUGAUAGCCUAGAUUUAACAAACUUUGGAAAAAUAUAUGGACAGUCUGAAGACUACAAUUGCUCCAAACCUUCUGAUACUGAGGAUAUUUCAUCCAUUUCGAGAUUACCUGAUGACACUGCUGGAUACAUUUAUCAUACAAUCAGUCCAAAUGAAAUUUACAUGCGAAUUCAUCCGGGCCAAGAUGAUUCAAUGCCCGAUGCCCCAUCGCAUGCAACAAUCACUAUUGAAAGCACUGAUCCAGACACAAAUCAAAAUCACAUUAGUCGAUAUGAGUGCGAGUACGACGGUUGUUCCCGUACUUACAGUACGGUUGGAAACCUCAGAACUCACAUGAAAACCCAUAAAGGAGAAUACCAAUUCAAAUGUACAGAGCCAAACUGUGGUAAAGCUUUUCUAACGUCAUACAGUUUGAAAAUUCACGUGAGAGUGCACACAAAAGUGAAACCCUUUGAAUGUACUUACGACGGCUGUGAAAAGGCAUUCAAUACUUUAUACAGACUGAGGGCACAUCAGAGACUCCACAGUGGAAACACAUUCAAAUGUGAAGAGGUUGGAUGUAGUAAAUUUUUUACAACUCAUAGCGAUCUAAAAAAACACAUCCGUACGCAUACGCAAGAACGUCCUUACAAGUGCAAGGAAAGGGGCUGCGGUAAAGCAUUCACUGCUUCUCAUCAUUUAAAAACUCACAAACGCACUCACACAGGUGAACGUCCUUAUACAUGCUCACAAAUUAAUUGUCAAAGAUCAUUUACUACACCUCACAGUCUCAAGAGCCAUUUGAACACACAUAGAAAAUUAACAGAUAGUGAACAUUUUCAUCCUCAACAAACUCCAAUUGCAUCCCUUACUGGAGUUGAAGAGAAUUCAAUAUCGACUUAUACCAUCGUUCCAAUAAAUACGUCGGAACAAAUUGAUAAUUCAAAUAUGAUCGUUAUAUCAUCGAACGUUAAAUCAAAAGGAAAUGUUUUAACACUCGACGAUCUCACCUUCAAUUUAUCGCCAAUUGGGAGUGUCUUGCAGAUUGAUGGUACAAAUAAUAAUAUUUUAGUUGAAUCAACUUUUUCAUCCGAUGAAAAAAUGAUUAGUCACACUUUUACCAAAGACAACCAACAUUUUAAUGUGGCCAACUUUGGGGUGAAUGCUGUGAAUGAAAAUUCAGCGGGUAAUGGCCAAGUAUUAUCAUCAUCGUCAACAUCAUCAGUGUCAGCAGAAACUGAAACAUUUGGAAAAGACAAAUACACAUCUGCACCACUUAAUCUAGAACAAAAAAUUGUACGCGAUGGUAUUCAAAACACCAUUGCCCAAUUGUCAGAUGUUGAUGAUGAUAUUGGACAAGUUCAUGAUAGCCACCCUAGCUCUUCAUCGUGUAGUAUUUUCACCAUCAAAGAUUUAAUUGACGAACAGAGUGUUGAUGAUAUAUUGAACAAAACCGCCAGCCAAUCGCCAUUAUUUGACAAUAGUCUUGAGUCCCUUACAUUCACGAGCGAAACAAAUAAUUUAUUAUUAAACAAUGUGAGUGAACAAUCAGAGGCUGUAGAACUUGCCAUUGCUUCGGAGGAAGAAAUUCCCUCGCCAUGGAUCGAUGUGAUGGCCCUCGCCGCUAAACCAGCGCUGAGAACAGAGUCAUGGUCAGAAGAGAUGAACGCAUUUCCCACAGCUGUUCACUCACUAGUGGAUCUCAUAGGACCAGAUCCGUCUCCACUGCAAAUUGAGACGCAAAUCGAAGGUUCAACGAUUCUGGCAAUAACAGACGCUAAUCCCACACCUCAACAAAUUACGACGAAUCAAAAAACAAAGAAGAGAAAUAUUCUGCAAGAAAUAACAGCGGACGCUGAUAUUUGCAACUGUGCAGACUGUAAGUGCUAUACGCCAAAAAAUUCUCAAAAUUGUUCUCCAGAGCCAACUUGUUGUGAUAUAAAAAAUAAUGCACAAAUGAAUAUUGUUAGUGAAAUAGUUUCGGGUUUACAGAAUCAAUGUACAAAUGAUACAGCGAAUAAUUGCGAAUCAUGUUGCCUUGUUAUUUGCUUUAAAACUCUAGAACAACUUCAGAGGGUAUUUAAAGAGCAUUGCUGCAGCCGUGAGCCACAAGGCUCAUCGUGUCGACGGGAUAAAUCCGCUAAUUUUCACGAUAUUUAUCACGAUGAGGAGUCCUGUAAAUGACUUUCAUGCCGACAUUAUUACUUCGAAGCUUUACUAGUCAAUUUUCAAAUCAAGUCUUAUGCUGUUCUCUUGCAUUUACGGAAAAUUUGUGAGAAUAGAAAAUAUAAUACAAUACAUUAAUAACUAUUAGAAAAAAAAUAAAUAAAUAAAAAAAUUAACAGAUUUUCCACAUUACCUUGACAAUUGAUGCAACGAAAAUGAUUUCAAUUGUCUUUCGUGUGCGUGUGUAUUUUUUUCAGUUCUCAAACUAAUAUCUUGAUGUAGUAAAAGAAAUGAGAAUUUUUUUUAGAUACUAUGUAAAAUUUACAACUUCAAAUACGACUCUCCGUUCAUACCAAAUGGUAGAUGUACCCUACUUUAUUAUUUAAAGUAAUGCAAUAUUAUGCUUCAUUGCUGUGAAUUUUUUUUAUUACACUUUGUACGUUAAAUACUCUUUGAAUGUAAUCCAUUAACGGUAUGUCAAAAAGUAUAUAUUGUUGGAUGAUUUAACAAUUAAAAUAGAAUAAAUAAAUAAAGUUGUGGUUUUGGCGAUUCCAUUGACUUGAAUAAAACCAUAAAAUGACACAAACGCUAGUCAGAGGCUUCUGUUUUAUUUACGAAUUGAGAGAGAAUAAUUGAGUAACAGGGAGAAAUAGUUGCAAUCAACGGUUCCUAACGUGUUUUUUCCUAGAAUUCAAAUAUUUAAUAUAUUGAAUUUUUUUUUUGUUUUUGAUAAUGCAAUUUUAUGAAGAAGCUUGAACAAGAGCUUCUGCCACUUCAACCGCAAUAGCAGCUUCGGCCCUAUCUUUAUCAGAAGAUGCAGAGGUGAGUUGCUGUUGAGCUUUGCUCAGGAUAUCUCUAGCAGCUGAAUUGUCUAGGGCGUCGAUUGGGUGGGCCUCCUCAGCCAAUAUUUGAACACUAGAAUCUUCAUUGAUAGUUACAGUACCAGACGAAACAAA